AUGGCAUCUGUGAAGAACAGAACAGAGGUGAGUGAGUUCAUUCUCACAGGAAUAACAGAUACUCCAGAGCUUCAAGUUCCCCUCUUCAUAAUGUUCACCAUCAUCUACCUUAUCAUCUUCAUGGGGAACUUGGGGAUGGUAGCCCUUAUCUCCUGGGACUCCUGCCUGCACACUCCAAUGUACUUUUUUCUCAGUAACCUCUCUCUGGUAGAUUUCGGUUAUUCCUCUGCUGUCACACCCAAGGUUAUAGCUGGUUUCUUCACAGGGGGCAAGGUCAUCUCUUACAAUGGAUGUGCUGCACAAAUGUUCUUCUUUUCAACCUUUGCCACUGCUGAAAUUUAUCUCCUGGCUAUUAUGGCCUAUGAUCGACACGCAGCUGUGUGUAGGCCUCUACAUUAUGCCACCACCAUGACAUCGAGUGUGUGCACUUGUCUGACCGUUAUUGCACAUGUCUGUGGAUUUUUGAACUCUGCUAUUGUCACUGGACAGACAUUUAGCCUGUCCUUCUGCAGUUCCAAUAUAGUCCAUCACUUCUUCUGUGACAUUCCUCCUCUCCUGGAUCUCUCCUGUUCUGAUGUAUACAUCAGUGAAAUGAUAAUCUUUAUCUUAGGAGGAUUUGCUGUCAUUUUUGGAAUCUUGUUUAUCUGCACCUCCUACCUGUUCAUCUUUAUUGCCAUCCUGAGGAUUCAUUCUACUGAGGGCCGCCAGAAAGCCUUCUCUACCUGUGCUUCUCACCUCUCUGUGGUGUCCAUAUUUUAUGGGACAGUCAUCUUUAUGUACUUACAACCCAGCUCUAGUCAUUCUAUGGACACAGACAAAGUGACUUCUAUAUUCUACACCAUGGCCAUUCCCAUGAUGAACCCUCUAGUCUAUACUCUGAGGAAUAAAGAGGUCCAUGUUGCUUUCAGAAAAGCUAUGCGGGGGCAAAGACUUCAUUAG